UGUUCAUGCCGCGCGCGUUGGUUUGCGCCCAAGCAUUUCCACCGCUCUUGAAGCAGGCUGGCGGAGUUGCCAAAGACUAUUUGGCCCUUUGCCGGGCAUUGAUAGAUGGCCUUGGUUGGGAGGUGACGUUGUUUUCACCUGUGAACAUCCGAGAGUCUGGUGAGGAAGACGUGACGAGAUGGUUGCUGACCGGACAGCUGGUGCACGCUCCAGCGACAGCUGUGGAAGCCUCCACCACGGUCGGAGUGGCGCUUUUCAUGGAUUUCUUUUCGGUGACCAACGCCUUAGUUUUUCUGCGGCUGUUGAUGUUUGGAGGCCAUGACUUGUGCCUCAUCGACGACAGCUGCUUGCGGCUAGCUCCACUGAUGCUGUUGCGAAGCUUCGGGAUACCCAGCAUCGCAACGACCCAUUCAGAUGUACCUUCACACCCCCUCUAUGACCAGUCCAUCAUGCCGAAGAUCAUGUGGUGGCUGCAUCUUGCAUCUGCUUUUUUCGCAACAAGCCAUGCAACUGUUGCCAAUGCCUACGCCAAAUCAUUGUGGGAUCGAUACAAAGUUCCCGUGCACAGCGUCUGGCCGCCGGUCCUUUGGUCUGAAGCCUUCCGACGACCUCUCAGGGACUUUGCAGCGGCAGCAGCAGAUCGACGAGCGAAGUGGGUUCAACGCUUUGGGUUUUCGCCCAGGGCUAUCUUCCUUUUUGCAGGUCGAUGGUCGGCAGAGAAGAGAAUCCAUUUGUUGAUUGAUGCAAUGCCACAGGACUGUGGCUUAAUCAUUGUGGGGGACAGUGACGCAGACUAUGCGGAUGAGAUUGAGGCCAGUGCCCAAAGAAAUGUACUACCUGAAAGAGGCAUGCUCGGGGCAGAAGAGCUUCGUGUUGCCUAUGCAGCCAGCGAUCUCUUUGUUUCGGCCAGCACUUGCGAGACGCUGGGAAACACCGUCGUCGAAGCGUGGAGUUCGGGCACACCGGUGGCGAUCCAACCUGUCGGGGGACACCUGGAAUUUGUCAAGGAUGAGGAGAAUUCCUAUUUCGUUGACUUUGACGACAGUGGCGUCGCUCGGAAACGUCUUUCGUCCAUUGUUGCUGCAGGUGUCAAAGCGGCUGUGGAGCCAGCGCUCUCUGAAAUGGGGGAGCACUUCCGGCACCUGAAUUUCCCUGCAGAAAUACAGAGGCUUUUGCUAGACCCUGCCCUUUCGGCAAAGUCAAAAUGGCGAGCAAUGAAAGGGUGGCGUUGGAUGCUGGAGAUUCUUGUCCGUGUGAUUCUACUGCUAGCGUGUGGCCUCAUUUGGCCCUUUACUUCAGUUUGGUCCCGUGCCUACUUCGCGGUGUCCUGCGACCCGAAGUAUAGGCACGUUCCUGCGGGCAGCGCCAAUGAGCCUGACUUUGAGUCCAAGCCCUCAGGAUCUAACUCUGAAUCCUGCUGUUCGACAUCAGUGUCUGACAGUCACAAUGAAAGUGCAAGGCCACUUGUUCAUAGUGAAAGCUCCUUUGUCUAAUUCACGGCCUGGAAGCCUGCGCUUCAAAAUAAGCGCCGGAAAGAAAAACAAUCGCCUGGACUCGUGAUCUUGGCAAAA